AACCUGAGGUACUGCCUGAGACUGCGCGGCAAGACGCCGGCGCCAUGGAGGAAUACGCUCGGGAGCCUUGCCCAUGGCGAAUUGUGGAUGAUUGCGGUGGAGCCUUCACUAUGGGUGUCAUCGGUGGUGGAGUCUUCCAGGCCAUCAAGGGCUUCCGCAAUGCCCCUGUUGGAAUCCGUCACCGGUUGAGAGGUAGUGUUAACGCUGUGAGGAUCCGAGCCCCGCAGAUUGGAGGCAGCUUUGCUGUGUGGGGGGGCCUGUUCUCUACCAUCGACUGUGGGCUGGUGCGUCUGCGGGGCAAGGAAGAUCCCUGGAACUCCAUCACCAGUGGGGCACUGACUGGGGCUGUGCUGGCUGCCCGCAGUGGCCCACUGGCCAUGGUGGGCUCAGCAAUGAUGGGGGGCAUCCUGUUGGCACUGAUUGAGGGUGUUGGCAUCCUCCUCACUCGCUACACGGCCCAGCAGUUCCGAAAUGCACCCCCGUUCCUGGAGGACCCCAGCCAGCUGCCCCCCAAGGAGGGCACCCCAACCCCAGGCUAUCCCAGCUAUCAGCAAUACCACUGAGCAAACGACGGACGCCGCCACCAUGGGAGCUGCUCCUCAGUUCCCUCCCCGAUGAUCUACCUCGAAGGGAGGGCUGGCUCCCAGUUCGCCCUGGGACUCCAAAGAGGGCUUCUACUCUGCUCCCUUCUCCCAGGGUGGGGGUGGGGCACCCCAGCUGCCCUGACAGAUGGGUCCCCUUUUUCUCUCAGGGCACCCCAGCCCCAUACUCAACAUGUAACAAGCUCUCACCCCAGCUCCUUUGUGUGGCACCCUGAUAAGUAUUUAAAGCCAGUUUUGAAAUGCC